ACCCCAGCGGAAGUGGUCCUUGUUAACAUGACGUAUCUCUCCUGAAACGGAAGUGUCUGUUGAGCGGAGUUUAUUUUCCUGCAUAAUAGAAAAUAUUUCUUGAAAUAUGCUGUCUAUAUUCAACUCCAUCCCCACUCACAUGGAUUACAAAGGCCAGAAGUUGGCUGAACAAAUUUUCCAAGGAAUUAUUCUCAUCUCAGCGGUGAUUGGCUUCGUCUGCGGCCUUGUUGUGGAGCAGUUUGGAUGGACGGUGUACAUCGUGCUGGCUGGGUUUGCUGUUUCCUGUGUGUUGACCCUCCCUCCGUGGCCGAUGUACAGAAUGAACCCCCUGUCAUGGCAGCCAGCUUUGCCAGAGAGCAACAGCGAGCCUGGCCAGAAGCCGCAGGAGAGUCUCAAGAAGAAGAAGCAUAAAUAAUCCACCCGUUUCCAGAGUUUUGGCUGCUCACCGUUCAAGUCACACAAACCCUGUGUGUGUGUGUGUGUUUUUUGUUUGUAUCUUGUGAAAGAAACAUUCAUUCACAUUUGUUGUGUCAGUGAACGUUUCCUGAAUCUUCAGUAUUGAAAGCUGCACUGUGGUUGAAAUAGAUGUGGUUCACCGGACGGAACAUCACUGGACCAGACACGUUUAAUAAGAUGUUUAUUAAGGUUCUACCAAAAUACAAAUCGGAGCAGGAU